UCUCUCAUUUCGCUGAAAAGUUGAGGCAAAAAUUUCAGUCUUUGUUGAUCCGUUGUUCAGUUCGUUAGGUACAAGUUACUGACCCUUGGGCUGGUCAAGUCCGAUUGCAACUUACCUGUUAUUACCCAAAUGUUUGUAGAGGUGAGAAGAUGCAAGGUUAUCUGACAACUUUUUCUCCAUCCUCAUCUUCAUCUUUAUCAUCAUUUUCAUCUUAAACAAUACUCUUUACUUUAAUAGAGGAAAAAACAUCAAGGUGAGAAGAAGAAAAAAAAAAUAUUCUUUUCUCAAUUUUUUCUCCAUUGGUUCAAAUCACAUCUCUUACCUGUUUUACUAUUUACAGGUAAAAUUUUUUCCAUCUUCUUCCACAUAUAAAUUAUCACUUCAUUUACUGUCAACAAAAUCAUCAUCGUUUUCAUCAUCAUCAUCAUCAUGUUGUAAUUGUUUUCCAAUUGGCUUCAUCAUCCUAAUCAACUUUAAUAUUUGGAUUAACAAGUUUGUGUUUCAUUAAAUGAAUAUCAAGUUAUAACAAAGUUAAUUGUUGAUAAUAGUUGAUACAAUUAAUUGGCAAUCGGGAAUCAAUAUCAUUCCCAAAUGUCAUCAACUAAUAUAUUUGAUUUACAGUUAUAUCCAUGUGCUAAUGGUCAAUGUUUACAUCAGUCAACCAAUUUAUCUCGGACCAAAGCUGAUCUAAUUAAUUAUCUAACAUCAUCAGCAAUUAACUCAUCAUCAUCACCAAUAACUGGACAACAAUCAGUGAAUUCAAAAAUGAUUGAUGAUUGGAAUAAAAGUAAAUCAAUGAUCCCAAUCAAUAUAACAAGUGACAUAAACAGUAAUCAUAAUUUAAGUGAUUCAGUUAACGGAUCAAUAUCUUCACCAGUAUGGAUACCAAUACCUUCAUUGGGAUUAACUUUAAGAUCAGAAUCAUGGGUUAUCCCAUUAUUAUCUUUAGCCUCGAUUAAUAUUCUGUUAAUCCUUUUACUUGAAUCAUUGGUCAUUUUUCGUGUCCAUCGGAAAACCUCAAAACCACCGCAACUUUUUCUCGGUCAAACUUUACUUUUAGCGCUUUUCCUCACCUCCCUCCAUGGGUACUUUACCCUUCUCUCACCGACCACCUUCAUCUGUACACUGACCACAGCGGGUUUGGGCUUAGGUUAUUCCCUAAUCUUUGGUACUCUUCUGGUCAAGAGCAUUUUCCUCCUCAGUCUUCACUCUGGAACUUAUCUUCCACUUCUUUACCAAUUUUUGCUUCUUUUUUUCAUCAUGUCCACUCAGGUCAUUCUUAGCAUUCAAGGUAUCCUCGCUUCUGGCUCAUGGGAUAACUUUAAAUUCUGGCCAACAUUUGACCUUUUUUUCAGCUCAUCUACAAUUCCGUCAUCAUCAUCGGUAUCAUCUUCAUUAUCUGCUUCCAUCAAUCCAGAAUCACGAAUUUCAAUUGCCGCCAAUUCAACUGAUGACCAUUCAACGACAAAUUCGAGUUCUAAUAAACAAAUACCUUCGUCGAUUUCAACUUAUUCACUUUGUUCAAGUUCACCAACUUCGGAUACUUAUUAUUACUCAUUGAGUUAUAACAUUUUACUCCUUCUAUUAGUCUCAAUAAUAUCUUUCCGUAUCCGUCGGCAUCGGGAAAAUUAUCGUGAGGCACUUUUCAUAACCAUUUCCGGAUUAUCUUCAAUUUUGGUCUGGAUUUUAUGGAUUACUGGUUAUCUUGUUUCAAGAGAUUCGGGUCCUGAUGCAUUUAUCGGAUUUGGAUUACAAAUAAAUUCACUAAUUGUUUUCCUUGUGAUGUUUACACCUAAAGCGAAACAAUUGAUUAAAUUGUCAUGGAUCCAUGGAGAUGGAGAUUCAGGUGAACCUGAAGAUGAGGAAGAUUAUUGCGAUGAAGAUUGUGAAGGUGAUACAAUGAGACGAAGUUUAGGUCAAACGAUGGUCGGUGUUGUCGGCGGAAGACAUUUACGAGGUGGAAGAUCAAAAAGACAGAGAGGAAGAAGAGAAACAAGUAACACUCGAAGUGGAGAAAUUGGAAAUAUAUUAUGUUCAGCUGAAUAUUCUGGACACGAUUCGAAUCAAUCUCUUUGCGCUCAAUCGUUUGUCCAUCUUAAUCCAAAUUAUCUUCUCCCCAUCGUCCAGUUUACCACCCACUCCACCAACAACAACCUCCUCCAUUACCACCACCAAUACCCUCACAUCAUCAUAAUCACCACCACACAUCAAGACAACAAACCAAACCAUCUCAACAUCAAAUCUAUUCAUCUAAUAAUAAUCUUCUCCAUCAUCCCUAUCAUCCUCAUCAUCUUUACUCAUCUUCAUCAUCACCCCAACCACCAAUCAUGGACUCUCUCCGUUCCCAUGACGUUACCUGGAAUUAUCAGAAAUCCCCAGCAAUUAAAUCAUCACCCCACCAGAACAAUCAUAUUAAUACUAAUCAUCGAUGUUUACACCAACAGUUUACUUAAAUCUUUAGCUGAUGAUUCAUUUGCUUUCUAUCGGAUACCACCAAUUAAAUCAAUCUAUUUAAAUAACAGAUGAUUAAAAGAUUAACAGUUAAUCUUAAUCACCUGUAAUUGUAUCUUUCUAUUUUUCAUAUUGAUUCAUUUUUUUACUCACCAAUCUAAUUGUAACAUUUAAAUGUUAAUAUAAAAGCAAUUGAAACAUCGAUUGAAAUAAAACAAUUGCUUCAUCACCAA